UGUUCUGGGUGUUACUGGCAACGCUUGUAUAAAGCUCGGCCGGGCUUCUCCGUAGUGAUCCCAUUAUCACCUCCAUCUCACUGGACGGCCAGCAUCGUAUUGUCUCUUAGAGACGCAAACAGUUGAAUACCUUUGGGGAAGCCCACCCCCCGAGUGGCCAUCAUGGGGGACGAUAGCGAGUGGAUGAAGCUUCCCAUCGACCAGAAAUGUGAACACAAGGUGUGGAAAGCACGUCUGAAUGGUUAUGAAGAAGCUCUGAAGUUGUUCCAGAGGAUAGAAGAUGAGAAGAGUCCAGAGUGGGGGAAGUACCUGGGACUCAUAAAGAAGUUUGUCACUGACUCAAAUGCCGUGGCUCAGCUUAAAGGCCUGGAGGCUGCCCUGGCCUUCAUUGAAAACGCUCAUGUUGCUGGGAAGACGACAGGUGAGGUGGUGUCAGGUGUGGUGACCAAAGUGUUUAACCAGCCGAAGGCCCGGGCCAAGGAACUGGGCACAGACAUCUGUCUGAUGUACAUCGAGAUAGAGAAGGCUGAGGUGGUGCAGGACGAGCUGCUCAAAGGACUGGACAACAAGAACCCCAAGAUAGUGGUGGCCUGCAUUGAGGCGCUCAGGAAGGCUCUCAGUGAGUUUGGAUCAAAGAUAGUGACUUUGAAGCCAGUAGUGAAGAUUUUACCCAAACAGUUUGAGUCCAGAGAGAAGGCAGUGAGAGACGAAGCCAAGCUGCUUGCUAUAGAAAUCUACAAAUGGAUCCGAGAUGCUCUGAGACCUCCACUACAGAACAUCAACUCUGUACAGCUGAAGGAGCUGGAGGAGGAAUGGGUGAAGCUACCUUCCUCUCCUCCCAAGCAGAUCAGGUUCCUGCGCUCCCAGCAGGACCUGAAGGCAAAGUUUGAACAGCAACAAGCCCAAGGAGAACAGUCUGAUGGAGAGGAUGAGGAGGAAACAGUGGCAGCAGUGGAUCCUUAUGAACUGCUGGAAGCUGUGGAGAUUCUCUCUAAGAUGCCCAAAGACUUCUACGAGAAAAUAGAAGCUAAAAAGUGGCAGGAGAGGAAAGAAGCUCUGGAAGCUAUAGAGGCUCUGACCAAGAACCCCAAACUAGAGAACGGAGACUAUGGAGACCUAGUCAGAGCACUGAAGAAGGUUGUGGGGAAAGACGCCAACGUGAUGCUGGUUACAAUGGCAGCUAAAUGUCUAGCUGGACUGGCCUCUGGUCUCAGGAAGAAGUUUGGAACAUAUGCAGGACAAGUGGCUCCAACCAUUCUGGAGAAGUUCAAAGAGAAGAAGCCUCAGGUUGUCCAGGCCCUGCAGGAGGCUAUUGACGCCAUCUUCCAUACUACCACCCUACAGAACCUUUCAGAGGACAUCCUGGGUGUGAUGGACAAUAAGAACCCGUCCAUUAAGCAGCAAGCCUCUCUUUUUCUGGCCCGCUCCUUCAGACACUGCACCCAGGCCACACUGCCCAAGAGCGUCCUCAAACCCUUAUGCGCUGCGCUCAUAAAGCAAGUGAAUGACUCGGCUCCAGAGGUGCGUGAUGCUGCUUUUGAAGCUUUGGGGACGGCCAUGAAAGUGGUUGGAGAGAAAGCUGUGAACCCCUUCCUCACUGAUUUGGAUAAACUCAAACUGGACAAGAUAAAGGAGUGUGCUGAUAAAGUGGAGCUUGCAGGAGGGAAGAAGGGUGCUGGAGGGGGAGGAGGAGCAAGUGGAGGGGGAGACAAGAAGCCAGCAGCUAGAGCUCCUCCCCCUGCUGAAGCUCCAUCUAAAUCUUCUGCCCCACCCAAGAAGACCCAAACUGCCAGCAAGUCGUCAGCAGGUCCACCUAAAAAAGGCAAACCAUCCUCUGCAGCUGGUGGAAAAACCAAAAAGAGCUCUGACAGUAAAGAGAUAACAGAAACUGAAUUGUCGGUUGAGGUGUGUGAGGAUCUGGCAGCAGGUGUCCUUCCUGCCUCCUGUCUACAACAGCUGGACUCAGCCAACUGGAAGGAGAGACUGGCCAGUAUGGAGGAGUUCCAAAGGGCUGUUGAGACUAUGGAUAAGGCGCAGAUGCCCUGCCAGGCCUUAGUCAGGAUGUUGGCCAAGAAACCGGGCUGGAAGGAGACCAACUUCCAGGUGAUGCAGAUGAAGCUCCACAUCGUGGCUCUUAUAGCCCAGAGGGGACAGUUUUCAAAGACGUCCGCCUCUGUGGCUUUGGAUGGCUUGGUGGAUAAGGUUGGAGAUGUCAAAUGCGGUGGAAAUGCCAAAGAAGGACUGACUGCUAUUGGACAAGCCUGCUCACUGCCAUGGACUGCAGAACAGGCCGUGUCUAUGGUGUUUGCACAGAAGAACCCCAAGAACCAGGCAGAGACACUCAACUGGCUAGCUAAUGCCAUUAAGGAGUUUGGCUUUACUGGUAUCAAUGUGAAGGCUUUCAUCAACAAUGUAAAGACAGCUCUGGGAGCGACUAACCCUGCUGUUCGGACGGCAGCCAUCACCCUGCUGGGAGUCAUGUAUCUCUACAUGGGAGCUCCUCUUCGGAUGUUCUUUGAGGAUGAGAAGCCGGCUCUCCUUGCACAGAUAGAUGCUGAGUUUGAGAAGAUGCAGGGCCAGUCUCCACCAGCUCCAAUCAGAUUCACCAAGAAGGCAGCAACGGAGGAGGAGGGUGAUGAUGGAGAGGAGCAGGAAGAAGAAGGAGGAGGAGGAGGAGGAGGACAGGACAUCAUGGACCUAUUGCCCAGAACAGAUAUCGGCGACAAGAUAACAUCCGAUCUGGUGUCUAAAAUCGGGGAUAAGAACUGGAAGAUCAGGAAGGAGGGUCUUGACGAGGUCGCAGCUAUCAUCUCAGAGGCCAAGUUCAUCACAGCCAACAUAGGAGAGCUGCCUCUUGCCUUGAAAGGACGACUCGGCGAUUCCAACAAGAUCCUGGUCCAGCAGAGCCUGACUAUCCUGCAGCAGCUGGCUACAGCCAUGGGACCUGGACUCAAGCAGCAUGUUAAAGCACUGGGAAUCCCUGUUAUCACUGUAAUGGGAGAUAGCAAGCCGAACGUCAGAGCAGCUGCUCUGGCUACUCUGCAGGCCUGGGUGGAGCAGACUGGGAUGAAGGAGUGGCUGGAGGGAGAGGACCUGUCAGAGGAGCUAAAGAGAGAGAAUCCCUUCCUACGACAGGAGGUGUUAGGCUGGUUAGCAGAGAAGCUGCCCACUCUGAGGACAGUACCUGGGGAUCUGAUGCUGUGCAUCCCCCAGCUCUACGCCUGCCUGGAGGACAGGAAUGGAGACGUGAGGAAGAAAGCUCAGGACGCCCUACCCACCUUCAUGAUGCACCUGGGCUAUGACAAGAUGAAUAAGGCUACAGGGAAACUCAAGCCUGCCUCUAAGGACCAGGUGGUAGGCAUGUUGGAAAAAGCCAGAGCAGUGAUGCCAGCUAAACCUGCUGCUCCUGCUAAAGCUGGAGGAGGAAAAGGCUCUGCAGAACCAAGCAGAGCUGCAUCAGCCUCCAGGUCUCAGCCAGCCAACGAAGACUUUCCUGACAGUAAACCUGAAACUAAGAAGGUCAGAGGAGGAGCUGCUAAGAAGCUCCCCUCUCCUCCCGAAGAACCUGCCCCUCCCCCUCCCUCCAAGGACAAGGACAGUAAUGCUAGUAAAAAGCUCCCCAGCAAAGGGAAGGCUGCUGCUGGCAGUCAACAGGGUGCAGCUGCUAAGAAGCCUGCAGCCAAAGGCAUGAAGGAUGAUGAAGAUAGGUCUGGGCCAAUCUUCAUCCUUGUCCCCAAUGCUAAGGAGCAGAGGAUCAAAGAAGAGAAACAACUGAAGAUCUUGAAGUGGAACUUCAACACUCCUAGAGACGAAUAUGUAGAGCAGCUUAAAACUCAGAUGUCAACCUGCUUUGCUAAGUGGCUCCAGGAUGAGCUCUUCCACUUCGACUUCCAGAGACACGUCAAAGCUAUCGGAGUCAUGAUUGAGAGGUUAGAGAGUGAGAGUGAAGCCACCAUUAGCUGUCUGGAUCUGAUUCUGAAGUGGUUCACCCUGCGGUUCUUCGACACCAACACCACAGUCCUGAUGAAGGUGCUGGAGUAUCUGAAGCUCAUGUUCGCCAUGCUCAACAGAGAGAACUACCACCUCACAGAGUAUGAGGCCAACUCCUUUGUCCCCUACCUCAUACUCAAGGUUGGGGAGUCGAAGGAUGUGGUUCGCAAAGAUGUUCGAGCCAUUCUGACCAUGCUGUGUAAGGUUUACCCAGCAUCCAAGGUCUUCCCUUUCCUCAUGGAUGGAACCAAGUCCAAGAACUCCAAACAGAGAGCUGAAUGUCUGGAGGAGUUGGGUUGUUUGAUAGAAAGCUAUGGGAUGAAUGUAUGUCAACCAACUCCGGCUAAGUCUCUGAAGGAGAUCGCUGUUCACAUUGGUGACAGAGACACGUCUGUCCGCAAUGCUGCCCUGAAUACUGUGGUGGCUGUCUACAACGUCUGCGGGGAACAAGUCUACAAACUGAUAGGAAAUUUGUCAGAGAAAGACAUGAGCAUGCUGGAAGAGAGGAUCAAGCGUUCAGCAAAGAAGACCCCUGCAGCUCCAGCCAAGCAGACUGCCACAGAGAGGUCUCAGAGAGAGCACCCAACUAACCCCAACGCCACCUUCCUCCGCAAGCCUGCGCAGGAAGACCCCAACAAACUCAACCAAGCCCGUCAGAACGCUCAGCACAGCGAGUCCUCCCACCCAUCCAUCCCCAAAGAAUUCCAGUUAGACCUGGACAUGAUCGAGAUGGACCAGAGCAGAGUGUGUGAGCUGCCAGACCUCGUCCAACACAAGCUGGAUGAGCUGCUGGAGCCCAUCAUGAUCCCCGAACCCAAGAUGCGUGCAGUCUCUCCUCACUUCGAUGACCUCCACAACAGCACAGCCUCCACCAUCAACUUUGUCAUCUCUCAGGUGGCGAGUGGUGAUAUCAACACCAGCAUACAGGCACUGGCACAGAUUGACGAGGUGCUGCGGCAGGAAGACAAAGCAGAAGUCAUGUCAGGUCACAUCGACCAGUUCCUCAUCGCUACCUUCAUGCAGCUGAGGCUCAUCUACAGCACACACAUGGCUGACGACCGGCUGGACAAGAAGGACAUUUUUAAACUGUACAGCUGCAUCAUAGGAAAUAUGCUAUCUUUGUUCUCUAUGGAGUCCUUGGCCAGAGAGGCGUCUAUGGGUGUGUUGAAGGAUCUGAUGCACGGUCUGAUAACACUGAUGCUGGACGCCAGAGUGGAGGACAUAGAGGAGGGACAGCAGCUCAUCAGAUCUGUCAACCUGCUAGUGAUCAGAGUCAUGGAGAAAUCUGAUCAGACCAACAUACUUAGUGCUCUGCUGGUUUUGCUUCAGGACAGUUUAGUCUCGACAGCUGGGUCUCCCAUGUUACCUGAACUGGUCAUGAAGUGUCUGUGGAGGAUGAUCCGCUUCCUCCCAGAGACCAUCAACAACAUCAACCUGGAUCGGAUCUUACUGGACGUCCACAACUUCAUGAAGGUUUUCCCCAAAGAGAAACUCAAGCAGCUCAAGAGUGACGUCCCACACAGAACCCUCAAGACUCUGUUACACACACUCUGCAAGCUGACUGGGGCCAAGAUCCUGGACCACCUGUCAAUGAUAGAGAAUCGUAAUGAGUCAGAGUUGGAGGCCCAUCUGAGGCGGGUGGUCAAACACUCUGGAAACCUGUCAGGACUCAAGAGUGACCGAGGCAACGAGAAGACUGGUCUGCACACGGAGGAUCGGAUGUCAAAGACAAAGGUCAGUGACAUUCUGACUGAAAUCUUCAAGAAGAUUGGCUCCAAAGAGAACACGAAAGAGGGUUUGACAGAGUUGUACGAGUACAAGCAGAAGUACUCAGAUGUAGACCUGGAGCCCUUCCUCAAGAACACCUCCCAGUUCUUCCAGAGCUACGUGGAGCGAGGACUUCGUAUGAUCGAGUCAGAGAGAGAGGGCAAGGCUCGCAUCCAGACCUCAGCAGUGAUCCCUCAGCAUGGCGCGGACUCCAAUCUGAGCAGUAACAACGAAGAGCUGAAACCAGCCGUUUACUACGAGAGACUCAAGAUCCUCCGACAGAGACAAGGCCUGGAAAACACCUCCAGGCAGGGCACCGGGGGAGGCGAGGACGAGCCCCAGCAGCGACCCCCCAUCUCCUCCCUGCUGUCAUCCAAGCCGUCUGUUGCCUCCUCCACCGACAUGCUCCACAGCAAGCUGUCGCAGCUCAAAGAGUCCAGAGAGCUGUACCAGCAGGAACACAACGCACACUCCCACUCCCCGACGCACACACACACCCGCUCUGCCUCGCCCGCCGCCAACCUGGACGACCUGAAGAAACGUCUGGAAAGGAUAAAGAGCAACAGGCAGUAGGAGCGCCAACCUCAUCUCAUCCACUAAGCCUGUGGAGUUCAGCUGGUAGUUCCGAAUCACCAUCCUCCCUUUUUAACUCACUCUGUGUUUCUAUUCAUGCUUUGGUAGAUGGACCCUAAACCCCCCCCACCCCUCCCCAACACCCCAACACCCUCACACCCGCCCUCUGUAUCAACAAAUCAGGUAGCAACUCAGAUUUGAACCUGACUCCACCCACUGUGCCUGUAUGUUGUUAGAAAUCAAACACACCUUAGCCUGAUUGUAGUUCAGUACAGUUACAUUGAACUAAGGCUGUGACACACACUCUUCAUCCAGGUGUUUUUAGCCUUUAUUCAACCUUAAAAAAAUCUCAAUAAAGAGGCUCUAUUUAGACAUCAAGUCUUUUUUUUGUUUGAAGUUUCGAUCAUCAGUGCAAAAAAAAAAAAAAAAAGCUGAAUCCAGAGUGUAGGAGUGAGUUUUGAUGUUUCGUGUGCAGGAUCACAUAGUCACCUGUAGUUCUCAGUCUGUACAGUUUCAUCUUAACAACCGAAUCCCACCCAUCCUCUCUGCUGUCCUGUCCUGUCCUGUCCUCUUUCAGGGUGCACCCCCCCCCACUCCCCAUUCUCCUGUUUCUUAAACCUCGUCUCACUGUAUUAUAAUAAUGAAAUAGUGGACUCCCCUUCCCUUUUCUCUCUGUUUUUAAGCAUCAUGGCACAAUAUGUUUGUACAUAUUUAAAGGUUGUUAACCACUUAAAACUGUUUUUUGAAGCGCUUCUCAAACGGAUGCAGCAGAAAACAAUGUUUCUUCCUGCUGGCCUCAUAAUCCUGCUGCAGUGUCUUGAUGGAGAAACACUGCUGUAAAGAGCUGAAGCUACAGCUGUUGUAGCUGUGUAAAUGCAGUGUUUGACUGCCCCCUUGUGGCUGAACACUGUCAUAGACCCUACUGGUGUCAGCUCCUUCUUCUCAAUGAUCAACCUAAAGUAUAUAAUAUAAAUAUAAUAUAAAUAUUACCUUUGGAGUAACUACACAAAGUGCAAAUUUACAUUUUCUACAUCUGUGACGUUAAAAACUCCAAAUUCCUUGACUGUAGUUUGCUGAAGACAAACAUCUGCUGACAGGGCUUUAGAGGAGAAGUCUUUCAAAAUAGCACAGUACAAAUAUGGCUUUAAGCUCCAGCACUUAAUUUAAUCAAGUGUCUGAUUUAUAUCCAUGUUAGAAACAUAUACUGUGUCUCUCUGUGGGGCCAGGAAUAAGUGAAACUGCAUUUCCACAGCAACAUCAGCGUGUCUGUGUGUGUGUUUUUAUUUUUCCCCUUUAUGGAGUUCAAAACUGACAAGGCUCAAAGCUGCAGCUGUGUGCUGAUAUGUGUUUUCAUCAGGGCGUUUGGUCAGGGUUACUUGGGGAAUAUGUCCAGUUUUAUUCUGAAAGCGGCCGUCAUGUGGCCUUCUAGUAAGCUUUUGUGUAAAGUCAGUGGUUUUCAAUCCUCCUUUUGAUUUUUAGACAUCCAAAAGUUCUCAGAUUUUUAUAUCCCGGCCAAACUGGAGAUGAUCAGUUGUUUGGUUGUGAUGAAAACCUGCAGACUCUUGGUGCUACAGGGCUUUAAAAACCACUACUUUCAUUCUGGAGGAGCAAUUAUACCACCGUCUCUUUUCAACCAAUCAGAACAGAGAAUCUGUCUCUGCUGUCAGUGGCGAGCUGAACUGCUUUGUUCGUUCAGGAAGUCCAGACCAAGCAGAGUCAUAUCCAGGUGUGUUUAAGUAGUGUGUUGGACUGUGCUGUGGGGUGACACUUGGCUGUAAAUACUGUAUGUACUAAUGCCCUCCAUUAACAGCCCCAUCUGUUAUUUAACAGACCGCAGAGCCAACAUGGCCGUCACUGUAUAGCACUUCGACCAAACUCUUGUUAUUUAUGUGCGGCUCUUUAUCCAGCUGAAGGAGGUUCACUCUGUUCUGUGUGUACGGUUACAGAGCAUGGCAUGAAGUCAGUGAUUGUUUUUAUUUUCUCAUGUAAAUAAAGUUUGCAUUACUAAAACUGCUGCUUAAAGAAGUCAUUGUUUUUCUGAUGAAGACGAUGAUGAUGAUGAUGAUGAUGGUGAUGAUGAUGAUGUCAGUCAUCUGUUCUGUAGCCGAAUGUUGAGUAAAGAAAAACAAAUAACAUUGUUUUUGUAUUUAAUUCAAACGUUAGUAGUCUUACAUUGUUGCUCUCCAGUUUCCUUGUAUAAUCCAUAGUGGAAGAUGGCAAUAAAGUCUUGUUUUUUUUUUUAACAAUCCA